AGAGCCUCGAUCCCCCCCAAGUGGCCUUGACAAAGGUUCACAUUAUCCCGUCUGUGCAGGUUCUGCAGCACUGACUGCCACCUGGGGGCCAUCACUUGCCGUUUGUUUGUUGUGUUUAUUUCCAGUUACCCCCACGCUACAGACUUAUUCAUUCAUAAUUUUUCAAGCUUUUUAUCCCACCGCCAACCGCCACCAUGUGGGGACAAUCCACCGAAGAAAACCUGCGACGGAGCGCAGCAGGUGUCCUUCCCGAGACGCUCCACCACAAGGAUGAGACCCAAGCGGCACCAGAAAUUCAAAACGCAGCCGGAUCUGGCGAGGCCACCAAGUCACCACCCAGCCCCGAAGUUGAGGGAAUAUGGGGUGAGCGGGACAUGGGCGGGCCGGUGAGCCAACGCGCGGCCAUGCAGGAUUUCGAAGAACUUCAGCGCGAACUCACCACUAAACUCACCAAUACCCGGUCCAACGCCGCAGCCUCCCACAAAUCAACUAAAGAGGGUUUCUUCCGGCGCGUGGCAUCCCGCGCAAGCGGCAAGUCGAAGGCUACCGCCGGUCAACCGGACGUGGAAGCUGGAGUGGAGGACUCAGAUGCGGAUUCAGUCAACGAUGCGACGACCACUGAUGAGGAUGAAUUUCCCCUUGAACAGUUCAUGCGGGACGGCCACCUCGAGAAGCGGACAGCGUCGGGCGAGUCGGCCAAGAAGCUGGGUGUUGUUUUCAAGAACCUCACUGUCAAGGGCGUCGCCAGCGGUGCCACCUUCGUCCACACACUUCCCCAGGCCAUCCUCGGCACCUUUGGCCCCGACUUGUACAACAACCUCUGCAGAUUCAUCCCGGCGCUGCGCAUCGGCCACGGCGGCGAGCUCCGGACCCUCCUUAACGACUUCACCGGUGUUGUGCGCCAUGGCGAGAUGAUGAUGGUGCUUGGACGGCCCGGAAGCGGGUGUAGCACCUUCCUCAAGGUUAUCGCCAACGAUAGGGAAUCAUAUGCUGCUGUCGAGGGUGACGUGUCGUACAGCGGCAUUCCCGCUGACGAGGCCCGCAAGCGGUACCGUGGCGAGGUGGUCUACAACGCCGAGGAUGACCAGCACAUGCCCACUCUGACGGUCGGGCAGACCCUCAGGUUUUCCCUUCUUAACAAGACGAGGAAGAACCUCAGGGGCGACGUCGGAACCAUCAUCGACGCGCUGUUGCGCAUGUUUGCCAUCAAGCACACCGAGAACACCGUCGUCGGAAAUGCCUACGUCCGCGGCGUUUCCGGAGGAGAGAGGAAGCGUGUCAGCAUUGCCGAGACCCUUGCCACGAAGAGCACCAUUGUUUGCUGGGACAACUCCACCAGGGGUCUCGACGCGUCGACCGCACUCGACUACGCCAAGUCGCUGCGCAUCAUGACCGAUGUCUCGGACCGGACCACCCUCACCACCCUGUACCAGGCCGGCGAGGGCAUCUACGAGCUUAUGGACAAGGUCAUGGUCAUUGACCAGGGCCGCAUGCUCUACCAGGGGCCUGCCAAGGAGGCGCGCAAGUACUUUGAGGACCUCGGAUUCUACGCACCGCCGCGACAGACGACUCCCGAUUUCCUCACUUCCAUCUGCGACGUUGCCUCGAGGCAAUUCCGCGAGGGGUGGGAGGCCCGUUGCCCCAAGACGGCCGAAGAGCUCGAAAAGGCUUUCCGGGAGAGCACCACCUACCAGAAGCUCCUUGCUGAUGUCCGCGACUUCGAGCAGCACCUCGAGAAGACCGGUCACGCCGACAUGCAGACGUUCAAGGACUCGGUGAAGGAGCAAAAGUCCAAGCGCGUGAUGCCGGGCUCCAACUAUACCAUCCCCUUCUGGAAGCAGGUCCUGGCCUGCGCGCUCCGUGAGCUCUGGCUCAUCUGGGGCAACAAGACAGAGCUCUACUCCAAGUACUUCACUAUCAUCAGCAACGGUCUCAUCGUCGGUUCCCUCUUUUACAACUCUCCCGCUUCCACCAUCGGCAGCUUCGCGCGCGGCGGUGCCAUCUUCUUCGCCAUCGUCUUCCUCGGCUGGCUGCAGCUCGCUGAGCUUAUGAAGGCCGUCUCCGGCCGCGCCAUCGUCGCUCGCCACAAGGAAUACGCUUUCUACCGGCCCAGCGCCGUCACCCUCGCCCGCGCUCUCGUGGACCUGCCCGUCCUCGUCGCGCAGGUAGUCAUCUUCGGGAUCCUCUUGUUCUUCAUGACUGGCCUCGACCUGGACCCCGGCAAGUUCUUCAUCCAGCUUCUGUUCAUGUACACGACCACCUUCUGCAUCACGGCCCUGUACCGCAUGCUGGCGGCCAUGUCGCCGUCCAUGGAUGAUGCUGUGCGCUUUUCCGGUAUGGCCCUGAACCUGCUGGUCAUCUACACCGGCUACGUCAUCUCCAAGCCCGUUCUGCUAUCGCAGAAGAUCUGGUUCGGUUGGAUUGCACACAUCAACCCGCUCAGCUACUCUUUCGAGGGUGUCAUGUCCAGCGAGUUCCACAACCGCCUGAUGGAAUGUGCCCCUGCCAACUUGGUGCCGCAGGGGCCUGGCAUUCUGCCCGAGAACCAGGGUUGUGCGGUCCCAGGAGCUGGGACGGGAACUACCAACGUGCUGGGAGAUGACUACGUCGGCAUUCAGUUUGGCUACAGCCGGGCUAAUCUCUGGCGCAACUUCGGUGUCGUCAUCGCCUUCUCGGUUCUGUACCUCCUUGUCACCGUUAUAGCCACCGAGGUCAUGUCCUUUGGCGGUUCAGGCGGCGGCGCCCUCGUCUUCAAGGGGUCCAAGCGGACAGCCAAGCAGAUCAAGCCAACCACCGCCGACGAAGAGAAGGGCAACGUCUCUGGGAACUCUUCGUCUAGCGAAGUGACGUCCAGUGCCGAAGACCGUGCCUUCAAGGGGCUCACGGGAAGCGAUAGGGUCUUCACCUGGGAGGACGUGACCUACACGGUACCAACUCCGGACGGCCCUAAGCGUCUGCUCAACGGUGUCAACGGUUAUGCCAAGCCUGGAGUCAUGGUCGCCCUCAUGGGAGCCAGCGGCGCCGGCAAGACCACGUUGCUCAACACUCUGUCGCAGCGCCAGACCGUCGGUGUAGUGGGCGGCAACAUGCUCGUUGACGGCAAGCCCCUAGGCAGCGACUUCCAGCGCAGCACCGGUUUCGUCGAGCAGAUGGACUUGCACGAGGAGAGCGCCACUGUUCGGGAGGCCAUCGAGUUCUCGGCCCUUCUCCGCCAGAGUCGCGACAUCCCGCGCCAGGAGAAGCUGGAUUACGUCGACAGGGUCCUCGACUUGCUUGAGCUCAACGAGAUCCAGGACGCCAUCAUCAGCUCUCUCGGUGUAGAACACAAGAAGCGCCUCACCAUAGGCGUCGAACUUGCCGCCAGACCCGCUCUGCUUCUGUUCCUCGACGAGCCCACUAGCGGCCUCGACGCCCAAUCCGCCUUCUCCAUCGUCCGUUUCCUCCGCAAGCUGUGCGCCGCCGGCCAAGCCAUCAUCUGCACCAUCCACCAGCCGUCGUCCGACCUGAUCCAGGAGUUCGACAAGAUCCUCGCUCUCAACCCUGGCGGCAACACCAUCUAUUUUGGCCCCGUCGGCCAGGAUGGUAGCGCUGUGGUACAGUACUUCGCCGACCGGGGCGUGCACUGCCCUCCUGGUCGCAACGUCGCCGAGUUCCUCCUCGAGACCGCCAUCAAGGGUGGCCGCCGCCCCGACGGCACGCGCAUCAACUGGCCCAACGAGUGGCGCGGGUCGCCCGAGAACAAGGCCAUGCUCGCCGAGAUCCAGGAGCUGAAGGCUGAGCGCACCAAGGCCGUCGCCGCCACCGCCGCCCAGUCCACCGAGACAUCUCCCGAAGUCCUCCACGAGUUCGCCGCCCCCGUCAUGACCCAGAUCACUCUCGUCACGAAACGCAUGUUUGUCCGCCAGUGGCGCGAUCCGUCCUACAUCUACGGCCGCCUGUUCACGGCCGUUGUCAUCGGCAUCUUCAACGGCUUCACCUUUUGGAAACUUGGCAACACCGCGGCGGAUCUCCAGAACGCCAUGUUCUCGAGCUUCUUGAUCAUCAUGAUUCCUGCUACUGUCUUAAACGCUGUGCUGCCCAAGUUCUUCACCAACCUCGCCCUGUGGCAGGCCCGCGAACACCCCUCGCGUAUCUACGGCUGGGUCGCUUUCUGCACCGCCGAGGUGCUCUCCGAGAUCCCCGGCUCGCUGGUCGCCGCCGUGCUGUACUGGCUGCUGUGGUACCUUCCCACGGGCCUGCCGUACGACGCGCCCUCCGCGGGCUAUGUCUUCCUCAUGACGCUUCUGUUCUUCCUGUUCCAGUCCAGCUGGGGUCAGUGGAUCUGUGCCUGGGCGCCCAGCUUCACCGUCAUUAGCAACAUCCUGCCGUGUUUCUUGGUUAUCUUCUGUUUGUUCAACGGUGUCGUGGUGCCGUACACCCAGAUGAACGUCUUCUGGAAGUACUGGCUCUACUGGCUCAACCCCAGCUCGUACUGGGUCUCGGGUGUUCUGUCCGCCACUCUGGCCGCCCGGACCGUCAACUGCGCUCCCCAUGAGGCGGCCUACUUCAACCCGCCCUCCGGCCAGACCUGCUUCGAGUUCGCCAACAACUUCGUGCGCGAGGCGGGGCGUGGGUACCUGAUGAACCCCGAGGACACGGCCAACUGCGGCUACUGCCCGUACGUCGACGGCUCCGAGUACCUGGAGACGCUCGGCAUCUCGCCCGACACCAAGUGGCGCAACUUUGGCAUCUUCCUGGUCUUCUGCGUCACCAACUGGAUGCUUGUUUAUUUCUUUAUUUACACUGUCCGCAUCAAGGGCAUGACUUUCGGCUUCGGUCCCCUCUUCAACGCUGUCGACAAGGUUAUCGCCGGGGUCAAGGGGUUGUUCAAGAGCCGCAAGUCGGACGAGAAGACGGUCGCUUGAGGAGCAUUGCAUAGCAUAAUUGGGUAGGAACUUUUUUUUAAUUGUUAGAUACCAAGCAUAUCAGGCAGGGCACGCAUAGAAGAAGCAUAGGGCUUCAGGCAGAUAGACGGGGAAGGAAUUCGACGUUCACGUUCACACGCUUCGUGCCGCAUAUCUCAGUUCAUAUUGUGCCCGAUCCGCCUCAAGCUCAUACCCUGGACAGACACCCCUCUUCCCUCCCCUCUUCCC